AUGCAAGUUAACGGCCAGCGGGAGCGGAAAGCUGCAGCAAUGACGGGGCGGAAUGAACACUUUGUCGCGAAUAAGCCUCACACUAAGCUCCCAAAAGUGCUUGAGGAGGUUCAUGCCGAGCACAACUCCAAUAUUAUCGCACCCCAAGGAAAGGAGCCCAUCGUUGUCGACUCACCAAAGCAAAAUGCGUUUUCCCUUACCAGUCUGUGGAAGAGAGGCGGGCAUCACAUGCGCCGCUUGAGUAGGCCAGAAAACACUCCACCGCAAUCACCCAAGCCAGCUUCAUCAACCCUAGUGGAUGCCCCCUCGCCGAAACCAGAAGUGCAGCCCAAGAGGACUCCAUUGGAUUCAAAUCCGGAGAUUUCGAGUGUGCCGAUCUUGAGAAAGAGCAAUGCGUUCGACCUUGACUCCAUUAUCUGGGACGAGUCCUCUGGCACCCGGAAGAACUAUCAAACCCCUGUCGAUCUUGAUAGCAUCAUCUCCCGGCUCUUGCAGGUGGGACACUCCAAGCCCACAAAGAAGGUUUGCAUCGAAAAUGCAGAAAUCAUAGCUGUCUGCGCGGCUGCGCGUAACCUUCUUCUCUCACAGCCAAUCCUGCUAGAGCUGGACGCCCCUAUCAAAAUCGUCGGCGAUAUCCAUGGUCAAUAUCCGGAUCUCAUCCGACUAUUCGAACAAUGCGGGCGGCCUCCUCUGUCCAACUACCUUUUCCUAGGCGACUAUGUCGACCGCGGCAAACAGAGUCUUGAAACUAUGCUUCUGCUUCUAUGCUACAAGCUCAAAUACCCAGGUAAUUUCUUCCUGCUACGGGGUAAUCACGAAUGCGCCAAUGUCUCCCGCGUCUACGGUUUCCACGACGAAUGCAAGCGAAGAUGCAACCUCAAGAUCUGGAAGACAUUUACCGACGUCUUCAACUGCCUUCCGAUCGCCGCAAUAGUCGCAGAGAAGAUCUUCUGCGUCCAUGGCGGCCUUUCACCUAUCCUUUCCGACAUGAAUGAGAUUCGCAAACUCACACGUCCCAUCGAAGUGCCCGAACACGGACUUUUAACCGAUCUUCUAUGGAGCGACCCCGCAAAUAUCAAAGACUGGGGACCGAAUCCCGACCGCGGCGUCAGCUGGUGCUUUGGGAAGCCGGUUGUUACGAAAUUCCUCAAGCGCAACAAUUUAGACCUGGUUUGCCGAUCGCAUGCUGUUGUGGAGGAGGGAUAUGAAUUUUUUGGCAAUAAAGGAUUGGUUACUAUCUUUUCCGCGCCGAAUUACUGUGGUGAAUUUGAAAACUGCGGGGCUAUCAUGUCGGUUUCGAAAGAGCUUCUUUGCAAUUUCAUCAUGUUGAAACCGCCGAAUUGGAAGCCUCCGACCAAGAGAUCCACGAAUGUGAAGGAAUCUACUUCUAGAGAGAAGGCUCUGUAA